AUGGAUGAUCCGACUUCAACACCUGCACCGCCGCAGAAGCGCCCCCGUGUAGCCGAGGAGAAUCGCAAACGAGCAGUCCGAGCCUGUGACGGCUGUCGCAGAGUAAAAGAGAAAUGUGAAGGAGGUGUACCUUGUCGCCGAUGUCUCCGCUAUCGCCGCCAGUGCAACUUCACCCAUAUUGAUCCCGAUGAGAAGGGCCGCGCGUCUUCUGUCUCAUUACUUGAGCGGGCUGCUUCCAUCAACCGCCAUGAGAUUGCCGAGGCAGAGCGUGUCCACUAUAUGGAGCGUAUAUUGUCCUUUUAUGUUCCCAACAUCACAUUUGAUAUCCAGUCGCUGCGGAAGGCUGCCGAGGACCUAAAGAGUAAACGCCGUGACUCCGAGUCGGAUGCUGGCUCGACUAGGAUGGACGCCAAUGAGCUGGAGGAUCUAGCCAUUGAUGAGGAGGAUUUUACUAUCAAAGCCCUCCCGGGUAAUACAACCCGUAAGUCAUCUUCUCCUGUGGAUGCGAUCCGCCAAAAGAUCGAUGAGUGGAUGAAGACUGCCGCUCCAGAUGCUACGACUGAAGUAGAACCAUUCGAGGAGCGAUGGCGAGCCACCCAACUUCAAUCUGGAUCUUCUCUGGUGUCCGCCUCUAUCACCUGUCUUCCUCCACGCUAUGUGGCAGAAUUCUUGGUCCAGAUCUUUUUCAAAUAUGCACAGACAAAUAACUUCUAUGUCGAAGAAGACUGGCUUUGCGAAAAGCUAAAUAUAUGCUAUACUAACCCCUCCAGCUUGUCCUCGGAUGAUGCCGGUGCAGUCUGUUCAAUUCUGAUGGUGCUAGCUGUGGGUACUCAAUUUGCCCAUAUGGAGUCGCCAACUCCAGUAAAUUGCCUGCCUUUGGACUCUGCAGCCAAUCAGGACCACCACUUUUCCGAGGAUGAGGUUGGUUUGACAUUUUACCAAUUUGCAUCGAAGCUGUUACCAGACAUCAUUGCUACAGCGUCGGUGCGGAGUGUACAGGCUUGUCUCUUGAUUGGGACGUAUUUAUUGCCUCUCGAUACAUCUGGCUUGUGUUACACAUACUUUGGUCUGGCACUCAAACUAGCGAUCCAGAAUGGUAUGCAUCGCCGAUACCAUGGGGAAGGGCUCUCUCCUCGAAUGGUAGAAGCCCGGAAUCGCGUGUUCUGGACAGCCUAUACAAUCGAAAAACGAAUCAGUAUUCUUCAUGGAAGACCGGCAUCCUUGUCAGAUGCGGAUGUGGAUGCCCCGUUCCCUGUUGACUUCCCCGGAUUGAUGCCAGCCACACAACCCUCGAAUCAUACGAAUAUGAUUGCUUUGAUCACUCUCACUCUGAAACUCGGAGAAGUGUCAAAUGAGAUAACGUUUGGGUGCGGCUUUGGAGCAGGGUAUUUCCUUAUCAAGAUCAUGUCGAUGGGUGUUGGCUCUGCACGCUCAGCCGUCAGUGUGAUCGAAGCGCUGGAACGUGCCAUUCGUCGAUUGGAGGUCUGGAGCGAAUCCCACCAAUCUCAAAGUAAUGGUGGCAGCCCCGAGUCUGCCUAUGACCGCUUCAAGAACUGGGAGAUGCUUUGGAAAACCGGCCCCGUUUCGCCGUUAACAAUGGCACACUGGAAACAACAAGAGGCUGAUGCGGUGAACAACUCGCCUGCCCGGCAGGGUGUGCCCUCUCAUGCUUCUGAUCCUCCGUCCGCGGCAGAUCAUGUCAUCCCUGGCAGCUUCUGGAUGCCGAUCCCUUCCCCCCCCCCACAGCUGGCCCAUUGGGGCUUCGAUCACUUCGUCUCGAACUUCCCACAGGAGUUGGGCGAAUUUACUGCCAUCCCAUGUUUUGAGACGGACACGCAAGGGAAUUCGCAAGGCAUGGCUGGCACUGAUAUGAAGCCUCCUCGG